UUCUAUAAAAGAGAGAUUAUUUAAACCGAAAUGUGGGCCGACCAUCGAAUGUUGCGAGACUGCAAAAGAAAAGAAGGGGAAAUCGUCCAUAGUAGAGAUGGCAUAAAGCAAGAAAGUAGGGAAUGUCAGGUUCUGUAGAAAAUACGUUCAAGGAAGAAAGAUCCAUGGUUGAUCUUCAGACAGGCACAGGAGGACAUGCUUGGUUGUAAUCUACAGUUAUCUACAGUUAUAUAACAGUGCUUCGAUCAGUUCUCUUUAUUUCCUUUUGCCUUAAGAGCCUGUUUGUUUUUGGGCAAAUGGAUUCCAUUAGUGGAAGAGUGAAAGAGAUUAUAAGCAAUCGCUUGCAGGAAAUUGUGAAAGAGAUUAAGCAUUUAACUAGUGUGCCGAACGAUGCCCAGCACCUCCGCAUGGAAAUAGAUCAUGUGAAGGGUAUAGUCGAUCAUAUUAACAGUCGGCUAAGUUGGAAAGGUCGACAGCCUUUGGCAGUGGUGAGUCUUUGGGUGAGCACACGAGCAAAUCGUCCAAUCUGCUGAAGAGGUGUUUCUCCAGUACGUUGAAAACAAGCACCGUCGCUUGUGUUGUUGCUGCCCUCACUGUUUCCUUGUCAAAAGAUCCAGUCGAAAGAUCCGUAAUGCUCUAGCGGAAAUAGAUGAGCUUCUGAAGAUGAAAGAUUCAGAUUUUCCUAAGAAUGGAGACCUGGAAGUGCCUCCGGAGACGCUGAUGCCGCCCAUGGGGAAGGAGCUGGUUGGCGCGUUUGUUCAGGAGAAGCUGGAGACGUGGGUGCUGGAAGAUGACUCUGUUCGUGUUGUUGGCGUCUAUGGAAUGCCCGGCUUGGGAAAGAUGUCCUUGCUCAAACAAAUCAACAACAAUGUAAAGGUAAUCAAUUUCUUUAAGCUCGUGAUUUGGGUUACUGUGUCUGGAGAAUCUGAUAUCUCCGCGCUCCAGAGGCGUAUUUUUGAGACAAUUGAGUUGCCUUGGCGAUCCAAUUUGAGCAUUGACGAAGCUGCAGGGGUCUUGCUUUCGGUUUUCAAGGAGAGGCGACUGCUGCUCAUUUUGAACGAUGUGCGGAGAAGCAUAGAUGUUUCUAAUUUUGGAAUUUCUGUUUCUGAGAAUACAACAAAAGUCGUACUUACCUCCAGGGAUAAAGAGGUGUGCGGUAGCAUGAGAGCAGACAAGAUGAUCGCAAUGAAGCAUCUGACCGAGGAAGAAGGUUGGGAGCUUUUCUGCAGAGGAGCCUUCGUAGCUGGCGAGGAUCAGAAUAUGGAUAGCGAGAUAGAACAAUUGGCCAGAUCCGUUACAAAGGAGUGUAAAGGGCAUCCCCUGGCCAUUAAAACCCUUGCUCGGACAACGCCGCAGCUUCACAGGACUGCCCCAUCGGCAUGGGAAAACAUUCUUAAGGAGCCAAAGGAGAUUGAUCCCCAGUUUCAUGGCAUUCACGAAGAGAUUCUGAGCGAAUUGUUCAAGCCACUGAAGCACAACUACGAUGCUCUGGAAACAGAUGAGCUCAGGCUUUGUUUCCUGUACUUGGCAGCUUAUAGAGAACACGAAGAAAUCGACUUAGGCUCAGGCUUUCUUUCCGGAUUAGGGCUGGGCAGAUUAUCCGAUUUGAAGGAAAUGGAGAUUGAGGAAUGCCUUCUACUCACAGAGCUGGGAGAAAAAUUGGAGGAAAGACUGCUUUCCAAGGCUGCGCAAGCUCAAACUGUGGAUGUUUCCUUCUCUGGAGAGUCUAUCUACUUCUGUGGAAGAGGGGGCUUUGCCCAUGUUGCAGACUUUGGCUAUAUUCCAUUGCAUGAAGUUUAAAGUACUUCCAUGCGGACUUGAUAAUCUCAAGUCUCUCGAACAGAUCAGAGGAUAUAAGGAAUGGUGGAAUGAAAUCAACUGGGAAGAUGAAGUGAUGAAGAACAAUCUUUAUGGUAAGUAUGCAGAAAUAGUGCAAAUCCUUGAUAAUUGUCAUGUUUAACCCACGGUUUUCCCUAAGUAAGAAGAAUGAAAUAAUUGCUUGUAUGAUUCAGACGCUAUUUAUUUCGCAAAGUAUUGCUUCCAUGUGUAAUUAUCAAGUUUAACCUACAGUUUCCCCCUAAGUAAGAA